AUGGGAUUCCAGGAGAGGAAAGAGCGUCGGCGGCGCGAUCCUGCACCGGGCCCGUGGGCCACGGGCCAGUGCGCCGCUUGCGCACGCCCAGCAGGCCAGAGCCCGAGGGGCGGCGAGGCGUUUGCAGGGGAGGCGGAGGAGGACCGCCCAGCCCAGUACCUGCACUCCCGAGUUCUCAUCAUUCCAACGCUCGCCGACUCCAGUAUCGCGUUUAAGCAUUCCACAGCAUGUCUGCAUUGUGCGUCAGUGUGUCAGCGCUCCGCGCCAUCAUUACGUCCCAUCUUUGCAUCCGCAGUGUGUGCUUUUGCACAGUUAGAAAUCCAUCGCUUCAGGGUCAUAUUUGCCAAGAAGACAUGA